CUUUAUCCUUUGUAAUUAAAUUGUUGAGUCGUGAAGUGCUUUGCUAGGGUUUCUGCAACUCAACUAGGGGUUUACGCGCGGCGUCACCUUCAUCCGCUGCCAUGGUUCUCAAGACUGAACUUUGCCGAUUCAGUGGUGCCAAGAUAUACCCUGGUAGGGGUAUCAGAUUUAUUCGGUCAGAUUCUCAGGUUUUCCUCUUUGUCAAUUCAAAAUGCAAGAGGUAUUUUCACAACCGCCUGAAGCCAUCAAAGCUUACAUGGACAGCCAUGUACAGGAAACAACAUAAGAAGGACAUUGCUGCUGAAUCUGUGAAGAAGAAGCGCCGGGCCGCCAAGAAGCCUUAUUCAAGGUCCAUUGUUGGUGCCACCUUGGAAGUCAUACAAAAAAGACGGGCCGAGAAGCCAGAAGUCAGAGAUGCUGCACGUGAAGCUGCUCUCCGUGAGAUUAAAGAGAGGAUCAAGAAGACCAAGGAUGAAAAGAAGGCGAAGAAGGCAGAGGUGAUGGCCAAGACACAGAAGACACAAUCCAAGGGUGGUGUUUCUAAGGGCGCUGUACCCAAGGGCCCCAAGCUUGGAGGUGGUGGUGGAAAGCGUUGAGCUCCUUAUUUAUCCAUUUUGCUACAUGCGGCAGCAUAAAACUAUUAAAAGUGUUUUCUCUCUGAAUUUUUUGUAUGGAUUGCUUUGCCUUCUUAGUGGCAGGGCUUAUUUUGUUAUUUACCCCUUGACAUAUUGUUGGAAGACACGGUGGCUUUAUAUCACUUUUAAACUAAGCAAUUGCUUAGCAUCAGCUGUCUGACAUA